CAGUUCGUUCGGAACCAAAACUUGAUGACGUCGUCGCUGAACUGGAAGAGAAAAAUCGCGAGAUGGAUCAGCUAUUGCAAAGCAAGUGUGCGGAAAUUGAAGACUAUGACGAUCGCAUAUUGGAGUAAGCGAAUUCUCUUCCAGUUCCCACAUCUGGUCUAAUAUGAUGGCAGAGCUUUGAAGGCGAACAAGAAGUUAUCAACGAAAGUGGAAGCUCUGACACGCAAGGUACAGAGCCUCCAAGGCAAACUUGCUUCUAUCAAAGAGUCUGCACCAACCCCACCGGCAAUUCUCGCUGCACCGUCUGUGCAAGCAGCAGCGCCGCCCAUUGUCCCCCCGGUUCCUCAGGUGCCCGUACUCACAGAUACUGUGCCAAUCCUGGGACGACAUCGAACCAUGUCAAACACCCCAGCAGCAUUCCGAUCACAGACGCCCGAGAGGAAACCCUUACAGCCAGGUGCGACGCAAAGCAGAACCCCUGAACUGGAGGUACCGACAUCUGCUGGGAAGAAGAGACGAGCACCAGAUCAUGAUGAAAGAGAAACUGUUCCACCCGAGGGCCGCUAUACAAGCGACUCGGACAUGCAGCCAGCCACUACACCGCGUCUUCGGAAAACAUUCCAUGCAACCCGAUCUGGAUUUACGCCAGUACGCUCUGCCAGAAACAUACUUAGCCUGCCUUCACCAGGAAGAAGAAUAACGACUACCAUCUCAGACGUCACGAACAGUCCUCGGUCGACAUCUGACCCUCAAACCUCUAGGAAUUCAUCUAAAAGGACCUGGUUGGGGAAGAUCAGAGGUGGAGUGCCGCAAUCCAAUAAUCCAGGUGGCAGAGUUGUAACCUCGCGGGGGAAUGUGUUUGAGAAGAUGCCGGAAUCAUGAUGAUGGGUGUGGUCUACUUUGUAGUCUGUUCAAGUAGCAUCUAAGUGUUGUCAUUUGUAUUUUUAGUCACUCCGUAUUUAUAGUACUCGUCCGACGAAA